AUGGCCACUUCUUUACACUUACUCCCCUCUAUUCUCUUUGCUCUUUUGUUUUUCUCAACUCCAACUCUCUCUAGGAAUAUUAUUUUUUUGGAUGAUACACCAAUUGCACCUUCUCCUAGUGAUGAUACAUCAACCUCAAUUAGCCCAUUAGGUUCCGGAGAUAUUACUAUUUCACCGUCUCCUCAUGAUUCACCGGUAGAUGUGCAAGUUAAUUCACCAUCUAUUAUUUCACCCUCUUCUCAAGAUUCACCGGUAGAUGCGCCAGUUAGCCCACCAUCUAUCAGAGAAAUUCCUAUUUCACCCUCUCCUCAAGAUUCACCUGUAGAUGCGCCAGUUAGCCCACCAUCUACCGGAGAAAUUACUAUUUCACCCUCUCCUCAAGAUUCACCGAUAGAUGCCCCAGUUAGCCCACCAUCUACUGGAGAAAUUACUAUUUCACCUUCUCCUCAGGAACAUAAACAUCAUCACCACCAUCAUCAUCACCAUGGUCAUGAAAGUCACCAUCAUGGACAUGAAGAUGUACCAACACCAUCUCCUUCUCUUGAAGAUCAAUCAACACCAACUCCUUCUCCUGAAGUUUCAAGUGAUGCUUUUGAAUAUUUAGAUGAUAGUCGUUUCUCUUUCUUAAUGUUGUAA